UACUUUCGUUUUGCAUGAUAUUAAUAGCACGUUUCAGUGACAGAAAAGGUUCCUGUGGACAGCUUGGGCGCAGAUCAAAUGAUAAAAUGGCAACAGCUAUAUCUUCUGCUCAGCAUUAUGUUGAAUGCGAACAUUGUGAAGAAAACCCUGCCCAGUUCCUUUGUAAAACAUGUCCUGGUCAUCUCUGUGAAUCCUGUAAAGCAGAGCACGAGAAAAGAAAAAUAACUUCAAACCACGAAAUUAUACAUUUGCAUAAAAAUAAGGAGGGAACCAUGGGCCUACUUUACUGUGGGAAGCAUACAGUUAACAAAUUAGAGUGGUACUGUUCUCCUUGCAAGGAGCCAGUGUGUUCCAAAUGUCUUAUGGAAUCUCACAAUGGACAUAAAUUGCACGAUUUGGCAGCAACCUACCAAGAAAUCAUAGGUAAACUAAAUGAGGAAAAGAAAGAAAUAGAAGGAGUACUUUUACCAAAAUAUAGAGAAAUGUUAUCUAAAGAGAAAUCUAAAAAAACAGAGAUAAAGAAGAGAACGAAUGAAGUUAAGAAACAAAUAGAAGAUCACACAAAAUCAAUAAUAGAGAAGGUCACAAUGCUGAAAGAGAAUGCUUUACAGGAUUUACAAAAAGAAGAAAAGACGGUCCUAAAAUCAGUUGAAGACACAGAGCAUGAAAUUGAAAGGAGAAUUGAAACACUCUGUAGACUCAAUGAAGACAUCACCAAUAAUGUGGGAGCAAAUCCUGGAAUUGUAUUUUUCAAGAAUAUUGACAUUAAUACCUUGCAGGAUAUGCAAGGACUUCCAUCUACAGAUGAUUACAAACUUAUUGACUUUAAACCUGGUGAUCUUUUCAUAUCAGAAAAUCACUUCGGAAAAUGUCCAAAAUUUUCAAAGUCGAAGGAAUCUAACUUGCAAACUGAGGAAUUGUCAAAGAAAAAAAAAAUUGAAAAAAUGAAGAAACAAAUAGACGACUUGCAGCUAAAACUGGCAACAGAAAAAAAUGGGAUUAGUCGCAUACUUAUCCAAAUGCAGAUUGAUAGGUCAAUAAUGUCACUUUCAGAAUUUGAGAGAGCAAAUAAAUGAUAAGUUGAUUUCAAAUGGUUACCCGUUAGUUUUGUCUUUACCACUGAAUACAGGCAGUUUCUUCCGUCACUGUUAGACUUUCCUUUUACCUGUAAAUAUUUAGUUUUUUUUAGCUUACCUGAGCCGAAGGCUCAAGUGAGCUUUUCUGAUCAAAAUUUGUUGUCAUUGUUGUUGUUGUCGUCGUUGUAAACUUUUCACAUUUUCAUCUUCUCCUCAAGAACCACUGGGCCAAUUUCA